UCACACGCAACUCAAAAUGAAAAUUAUGAAGGUUGUGUUAUAAUAAAAUGGGUGGCAUGUACGUCCUCCACGUAUUUUCUACUUCUUUUUCAAAGAUUCAUUUUACAGGAAGAAAACUGAUAUAUUCAGUAGACUAUCAGUAAUUUAGUUUUUCGUUAAUUCUUCAUACUUGUGUCCAGUGUUUGUAAACGCAUUAAUAUUAAAAGGUUGAAGAAGACGUAAGAGGAAGAAGUCGAUUUUUAAUAAUGGGAAGAAGCCAAGAAAAAACAACUCACUGCAUGCUGAUUUUGGUCACCUUGGUAACCAUGACACUCAUAGUUGUUCUCGUGGUUGUUCUUUUUGUUCUGGUGAUCAUACUUAUUCUUUUUCGAGAUUCUUUCCAAGUUUUUUGCUGCUGUAAAAGCCUAGAUUCUAGUGAAGUAGAUGUAGCGUAUGGACUAAGAAAUCCAGCUUUUGACGAUCACGAAUACAGCAACAGAGCAGGUGCCUUGCCAGAACAACGACCUUUCAGCGUCAUGGAGGCCAUGGAAUCGCCACCUUCCUACGAAGAAGCCGUGAAACAAGAGCUCUUCAGGUUCAGCUCGCCAUCUUCACAAUUUCAAAGAGAAAGGUCGACUUCAUUAACAGAUAUUCCUGUCAACAACCAAAGACCUUCCUCGACGGAAUUUUCCGAGAUAAAUGCUUCGGCCCUCUCUUCAUCACCAUCUCAGAGGGAAGCAUCAGGGAGCUCGCCAUCCACCAGUCAGGGGGCUACCAGAAAAAGAAGCUCCACCGCUGGAAGCAAUGGCAUGCCACAUCUUUCCACCAUCAGCGAAGAAGAUUCGGAAAGGGACGAGCGACCUCUGAGAGUAGUCAUUGACAACAUAGGAGUGCAGGCAUCAAGGCUAUUGGAAAACUGUGAGACUUCCAUCAAUAUAGCUAAUGGAAAUGAACUCGAUAAACAAUCCAAGUGCUAAAUAACUGACAAUCCGUUCUUUAUUAUUUGUUUUCAGGAUCCUACAGCCUCGUUAGCAACAGGUUUCCUGUCUGUCAAGAUCGUUUCUUGGGAAAGUGAUAAGUGUAUUGUGUGUGUUUUUCCAGUGCUCUUAUAGACUCUUGGUUCAAUCAGGAGACAUUUCCAGGUUGUUCUUGGACUUGUAUGUCAUGUUGACAAGUGCCAGCUAGGCCUUUAAAAAUGCCACAAUUGUUUCUGAGACACUCUGAGCGAAGUUUUAUAAAGGUGUCAUUAAAUAUGAUCACUGAAAGCUCAGUCUUUAUGCUAUCAUGCAAGAACUGGAUCAUAUUUUCACUGUCUUGUAGACUAAAUGAACGAAAGAUAUUUUGUAACCCAACUACGAAUUGCACAACUUAGAAAUAUCAAAUUUAUGCCAUUCAGAAUGUCUUCCGAUGAUGUUUUUCCCUGAUAUAAAAGAAUAUUUGUUUUGUAUCAAUAUGAAGACAGUAAAUUUGUUAAUUUUGAUGUUUUAUUGUAGAGAUUUUAAAUUAUAAUCUAUUUUGAAAAAAAAAAAUAUCUAAGAUAUUGUUUGAAGAAUUCAAGAGGUUUAAUUGUAUAUAAGUUUCAUUCUGAUUUUUUAAAAAUAUUUUCCGAUGCUGUAUUUCAAAAUUUUGUUGAAAAGAUAGUGGUUCAAGUAUUACUUUCAGAAGAUAUACACCUGAUACAGUCCUUUUGUCAGUGCCAUAGUGAUGAGAAGUGGUUUCCGGGGAGCAUUAUGAUAUUUUCGCUCCUUCUCUUCAUCAGUGGUGUAGUAAGUGUAAAUGAUAUCGGGUGUAGAGCAUUAUCUUUUUGUACCCACAUCAUAUUUUACAAAAUAGCAUAAAUGACCUUGUGUUUUGUCUACAUGGCGCUACCUAAAAGUGGCGUUUGGAAUACCUAUACCUCCCCCUAUUACUACGCCAAUGCCUUAUAUCGCUUCAAACACGGGUUGUUGAUUCAACAAGUUGUAUUCAUUUUAUCAUAAAAGAUAGCUUUUAAAAUUAUGUUGUAAACUAAGUAUUGUUUCAUAUCAAAUGGUGAACUUUGCUCUGUUAGGUCAUUUAUAAACCAGCCCUGUUUUGAUGAACCGUGGAUAUUUAUUAUACUAGUAAUUUAAAGAUAUAAAAAAAAAUAGCUUAUUUGUUUCUUCUAAUGAAUUUAAAAAUGACGGAAUUCUUUUUUAUGAACGAAGAAAAAGUCAUUUGCUUUACGUUUGUAAGCAAAUAAUGUUUUUUUUAUUAUUUAAAAUGAGCUUCCAAAUUCAUGUAUGUACAUACAUACAUGAUUAUUUACAUUCAAUGCAAAUAUUCUGGUCAUUUUUUAUGUUAUUUGUAUUAUUGUAUCCAAAAGCAGACAUUUUCCUGGUGGAUUAUUGAUUGUCUUAUUAAAGACCAAUAAAUUUUAAUUGUUAAUUUUA